AUGACUAGAGAUAAUAAUAAAUAUUAUUUUGUUGAUGAUAAAGUAUGGUUAGGAAUACCAGAAGAGAAUCUAUUCAAUGAUUCAUUUACGAUUGAAAAGUAUUAUAUGCUGCAAAGCAAGCCAUUAUCCAACUUUAGAGAUGCCGAUCAUUUCAAGUCGAUAGAGUUGCUCGAGGACUCUUUCUUUCCCUCUUACAAGGAUCGCUAUCUAGGCGACGAAGAGAUCUUUCAAUCAGAUGGCAGUAGUGAUUCUAAAUCUGAUUCAACUACAACAACGAAUCAACCAAACUCAUCUCAACAACAACAACAACAACAAGUAUCUACACCAAGAGAACAAAAUACUAAACCAUCAGUACCAACAUCUGCUUCAACCAUGUCACUUGGAAAUACACAACCUCCUCCUACUCCUCUUCCUCAUCUUAUUGUCCCUAAUAAUAAUACUACAAAUCAAUCAAAUAAUAGAAAUAAUAAUAAUAAUAAUAAUAGUGGUAAUAGACAAAGAUCAGGUAGUAAUGCUACAAUAAAUGUAAAUAAUAAUAAUAGAGUAUCAAACCAGAAUAAUAAUAAUAAUAAUACAAGAAAUAGAAAUUCAACAACUCAACCAAACAAUAAUAAUAAUAAUCCUCUUCCAUCCACUUCAUCCAAUACAUCAUCAUCAUCAUCUGUUCCUCCUGUUACUUCUACUUCUACUACAACAAAUUCAACACAACAAAAUAAUAAUUCCUCUUCUUCUUCUUCUACUACCGCUUCUACUUCUACUACUUCUCAAGAAUUAAAAAAUAAUUUAAUUAAUAAUAAUAGUUUAUAUACAAGAUAUAAUGAAGAAUUAAAGAAUAGACAAUCAAUACCAGUAUAUUUGAUUGAUGAAGAUCCAUUUCAUACGCACGAAAUAACGACACAGUUGUUGUUGGAGGAUUUGUAUACACAAUCCAAUGUAAAUUCCGCAUACUAUAGUACACUACUUCAAAAGCGUUUGGCCAUUCUAAAGAGAAUUCAUUUGGCACUUAAACGAGAGAUUGCUCGUAAAAAGCUCUACGACUCUGUCUAUCACUCCAAAGCCAAGACUCGCACGAAAAAGGUUCACACUCCACCCGUAUCCAUUCGAAUAGCGUGUCGAUUGUUUAUCACUACGUUGCAAGAACAAGUCUUUGAACAACGCAUCUCGUUGCCAACUCUUAAAUCAUUCAACUCUAUGAUUCGUGACUUGCCACCCCUUUCCAUGGCCGGUGAACCAAUUGAUUGUAUCGAUAGUCUCACCAAAUGGCUUUUAUCGGCCAUUGCCACCAAUGUGGUCACUGUUAAACGAGAGGCUAUGGAAUCAUUAAUCUCACUGGGUCUCUCCCAAGGUUCACUCAGUGCUAUCCUCUUUUCCCUAUCUCUAAUUAUAAUGCCUGAAAAAAUUAAUCAACCAAUUACUCCUUCUCAUAAUAUUAAUAAUAUUAAUAGUAAUAGUAAUAAUAGUAUACGUAAAUCUUCUGAAAAACAAACCGAUAAUAAUAAUCCUUCAUCAAAUUCAUCAUCAUCAUCUUUAGAAAAGAUAGAUGUUUCAAUUUCAACAUUAAGACUUGUACCAUUUAUAAGACAAUUGGAACAAUGGAAAGUAGAUUUACCAUUGAGCCCGCUGUCAAGAGAUUUAUUAUUUUCAACUUGGCCAAUUUUAUGGAAUAAUAUGGCCGAGGAGACUGAUGAUUCAUUGGCCUUUUUAUCAUUACCCAAUUCUAAUAUUGCAACAAUUGCAUCGGAUGGUGAAUACAUUUACAUUCACGAUACUUGUGGUUUGGCCAAGAUUGGUACUGGGUACAAUGGGACACAUCAAGGUCGUGUCUAUGCCAGAGACCCCAAUUGGUUCCCAAAAGAAAAGGGGUGGAUGGCAGUCAUUGGAACACACAUUUACUAUCGAUCACCAUCGACCGAACCCUAUUCACUCUAUGUAAUUGACGCAAUGAACCUUCAAGUGUUGGGUGGUGUCAAGCAAGAUGGCACUGGAACCUUUCCAAGUACAAAUAACCUCACUCUUCCAUUUGGUCCGGAAACUACUCAAUCAACUGUCGACGAAAGUAUAUUCCUCACACCUCACUAUCAAAUUACCACUCGUUCACCAAUGUUUACCGAUGGUCGUUAUCUCUAUAUCCUUUCACUUCAAAGAUUUCAUAGUUAUAAUAACAAACAAUUUAUUGUUGAUAUUUAUGAUCCUCAAUCUCAAUUUAAUCAUAUUAAAAGAAUUGAAUUAAGAUAUCCUGAUACUGAUAUAAAUGAAGGAUUAGUAUUAAAUCCAAUGAUAUUAGAAUUUGGAUCAUUUUAUACAAAUGGACAUUAUUUAAUGGUAGUGAUACCGCCAUCAUUGGGAUCUGAAAUAUUUUAUGAAUCCAAAGUAUUUGUUUGUAGAGCAUUUAGUUUGAGUGAUGGUACAUUGGUUGGCAAUUAUGGUCUUGAAAAUCAACCAAUUGGUUUGGCUUCUUGUUAUGAUUAUCUAAACAAUGUAGUUUGGAAUUAUUCAAGUAGUGAAUCUGAAAUUGGAAAAUAUGGUAAUGAAGGUUUUGGGCCAAAACAUAAUUUCCCUUCAAUUGUAAAAUUACAAAAUUCAAACAAGUCAUCAACAACAACAACAACGAAUCAAACUAAUCAACCGCAACAACAAAGUCAAUCAAAUCAAGUUGGAGGUAAUAAUUCAAGUAUAAAUACAUCAGUAGUUGAAAUUGAUGAUAAUUAUGGUAUGGAACCAAAACAAGUUGUAUCAACUAUUCUUGGUAUAUUGUCUCGUUUGGCAGUUGAUUAUAUGCCUUCUGCUUCUGAAGAAUCUUCAACUAUUCAUCAUCUUUAUAAAUUAAAUGAAUCUUAUAGUGUGGAAGUAAAUUUUAGUACAUUUUCACAAUUAUAUUCAAUUUUAAAACAUUAUCAAAGUCAAUUAAGAAUUGGAUAUUCUGUUACAUCACCAAAAACAAUAGAUAUACUUAGAUGCAUCAUUUAUUGUUUGAGGUUAUUAAAAGUCAAUUUAUUUAGAUUGACGAGCAACAUUCGAUCAUUGGAAAGUUCAACUCAACCAGUUCAAGAUGCAUCAAGGGAUUCGCUACUAAAAUGCAUUGACCAAACCUUUUUACAUCAACUCAGAGAUUUGUUGCUUGGUUUUAUCAUUGAUGGCAUUGAAGGAUCAACCAAUGAAAUUGCCGAAUUUCAUACCAUCAUUGAGGAGUCUUGUGAAGUAUUGACAAUUGGUUUGGAUCUAUUCUAUCCAACUAGUUUAAACAAGGCAAACUUUGUUUUUAAUUUAUUAGAACAAGUUAUGAAUCAAAGACAAAAUCAAUCAACGCAAACCCAAUCGACUGUCAAGACAAAUAAUAUGAAAUCUAAUCAACAAAAUAGAGGAUAUUCAAUGUUAUUAAAUAGUGUAUUAUCAUUAUUGGCAAAUCAUCCAAAUGCAUCAUUUUUUUCGUUGCCUCCACUUUGCUCAGAAUUGCCAUCACCAUUUAGUUUAUUUAAUUUGGAAACACCAGAUAAUGGAGCUGGUGAACAUCGUCCAUUUGACCCAAUGAAUUUAUUUGUACCAAUCAUAACUCAUUUGAUUGUAGAAGCACAGGCUACCAUCCCCAAACAAUCCAUUCCACAGCUGUCACGUCAAGAUUCCAGUCAACAACAUCUUGGAUUCUCAUUGUAUAGUAGUGCACCACCUCCACCUCUUUCAAACAGUUCACCGGCGAUGCGACUAUUAUUGGCAGUCCAAAAAGACCUCAUUCUUCGUGUAGAAAAUUCCAUCGUUGGAACUGAUGCACCUAGUCAAGCUCUUGUAGCCUAUAGUAGAUUGUUGAUGGACAAGUGCAAGGAACUGUUAUUGGCAGUAUUGGAUUCAGACCCACAACCACAUCGUAGUAAUCAUCAAUCGAUUCUAUUGACUGAUUUCAAGUCUUCAGUAGUUGGUGCUUUACUUCCUUCAUUGAUCCAUUCACUCUUUUUAUUUAGUUAUCAUAUUUGGUUGGCAAAAGAGUUACUUCCGUCACUUGUACAAUUGAUUGGAGUCGUGGAUCGUGUUAAUCGUCGUCUACCAAAACUUCUUAAUCGACCCGAACUUGGUAGACAACCACUUCAAAAGCGUAGUUCAUUUGUAGAGGGACCGAUUCGUAUCAGUGAAUCACCUCAUCCAUACCAUCCAUUUAUGAAUAGUCGCCAGUUGGUGUCUAUUCCCAAUGCCGUCUUUUUGUCACUUGUAUUUGACGAGCGUAGUUGUACUAGUUCAAACGAGGAUAUGCUACAGAUUUACGAGUCUGCCGAUUCAAAGGAACCACUUGACCAAUUCUAUCUAUCACAAUGGCCCAAACGUAGAGUGUUGGUUCCAGGUGACACUGUCGUGUUUCAAUUUGUGUCGGGUGGUAUCAACCCCCAGACACCAUACGCUCACUGGGGCUAUAGAUGCAAUAUCAUUGGUCAUAUGCCCAACAGUGACAAGACUAGUCUGCCAUGGUCUGCUCAUCUCGAAAAGACCAUGUGUUGCUUGGCCGGUCGGUUUUCAUCGUGUCUGAUUAGUGGCGACCCUGUCACUGAACUCGAACGUCAAAACAAGAGUAUUCUCGAGAGUGCACUGUUUAGUGGUGGUUGUGAAGAAGAGUAUGUUUCACAUGUACUCUUUAGCACACCACAACAAGAUAAUAGCAAUAGUAAUCAAUCUCAUCCACAUCCUCAUCCACAACCACAACCACAACCAUAUCCAUCGUCUGAAUUUUCAACCAACCCAUCUACUAGAGCGAUUCAACGAUUUUGUGUAUCGUUGGCACGUAGAAAUGGUGAAGUUUAUAGUCAAACAUUGUCAGACUUUAUGUGGCAACAUGUAACUGGUGAAAGACGUGCAUCAUCGCUUGUAGUGACCAAGGGAACCAUUAGAAUGGCUCAACAAGCCGUCAUUGCAUCGCUACUCAAACACUUGAAUCUUGGUGAAUUGGCCAUUCAAUUUACAUUUGAACUCAUUCAACACCGACAAUUUAUAGAAAAUGAUACCGAUCCAAAAGAUUGUAUUAUUAAACCACCACAAGUAUUGAUUGAUGUUUGGCGUACAUCUUACCAAAUUCGUAAUGCAAUCAUUCAAAAACAUCAAGAAAAUCAAGUACUAAAUAAUACAGUGGUCAUCAAUUCAGCCGAAGAAGAAUCUGUUAAACGUCGUAGUGUAGAUUUUAAAACUCAUGCUACCCUUAGAGAAACUAUUUAUAAGGAUAUUACAGAUCAAGUCACAGAAAAAUCAAUGUUUUUAUUAGAACUUGAUUAUGCUAUCGAUCAAAAUGAAAAUAAUAAUAUUAAUAAUAAUAAUAAUUCUUCAUCUUCUUCUUCUCUUAAUGCAAAACAAACAGAAUUAUUAAAUUUGAUUACUAGAUUUGUAGUAUCAAAUGUAUCAUUGGAAGAUAUGAAGAGAAUAUUGGUGUCGCGUAGAAGUAGAGCAUUUACAAGAUCGAUUGGAUUACAAGCAAUGAGAGAUAUUUUACGUUGUGCAUCUGAUCAUUCAAUGAAACAAGAAGUAUUAUGUUUUAUUGGACCUGCACUACGAAACAGUGGAUUGGUUAGAAGAAGAGCACCACCAUUUCAUUAUUUGGAUCAUCUUUAUGGAUGUGGUAGUAGAUUACUUUUGGAUAUUAAAAAGAAUUUUAGAGCUCUCAUGGAAGAUAUUGCUAUGCUCUUGCAAGAUACCAAUUCAGAUCAUACACUCAAAUAUUAUGCAUUGGAUGCAUUUACUCUAAACUUUACAUCUGAAGAUGCCGACCUAUUGACUAGUAUAGAUAUUUUCAACAAGAUUAAUAAUUUAAUGACAACCGAUUCUAUUUGGGGAGGUCUAUGGUCAAGUUCAUCAGUUGGACUGUCCAACCCUACAGGAUCAAAUCCCGCUGGCAUUUUAUUACAUAGCCAAAGUUCAAGUUCAAUUGGUAGUGCUGGUAGUGGUGGAGGAAGUAAUCUUUUUAGUAGUAGUGCAAUGAUUGAAGAAGAGAAAAUGGAAAGAGAAAAAUUAAAACAAACUGCCAAAGCAUUGUUUAAAUUCCUUGGUCUUAUUUGUGUUGACAAUCAAAUAGCUUCUAGCAACAAUAACAACAAAAGUUUGGAUACACUGCGAGACUCUUUUUUCCAUUUUAUGGAAACUCAAUUAGAAAGUAGUUUAUUGUUUCUGUCGGAACAAAACAAAACUUAUUGGUAUGGUUGUGAUUUACCUCUUGGUGGUAUGAACUCACCUUCGUCACCAGAAUCAACAUCACCACCAAAUAAUCAACAACAAAAGAAUCGUAGAUUACUCCGAGGUGGAGAAAGAAGUUUAUUCAAUUAUGACUUUUCAGAAGGUCUAUCUUUACUCUAUAUCCUUUCUGCUUUCAAUUCAGUUAAACAAAGAUUAACUUCACCAAGUUUUAUUAAUAUUUUCUAUAGUAUAUUACAAGUUGGUGAUGAAUCUCAAAGAAAAUUAACUCUUAGAAUAUUUAGAAGAAUUUUACCUUUUACAUCUCCUUCAAAAUUAAUUUUAAAAAAUCAAAAUAAUCAAAAUAAUCAAAAUAAUAAUAAUUCCAACAAAAAUACUAUUAAUAAUAAUAAUAAUCUUAAUAAUAAUAUUGGAAUAUCAAGAAUGAAUGAUUCAAAAUCAUUGUUGACAUUAUUAUUUGAUAUAAUUGGAGCAAUAAGUUAUUGGGGAUGUUCAAGUGAUUUAUUGGAAACAUCAAAAUAUUUGGAUCCAAGAUUCUUUAUUACAAGUAGCAACUAUAAUUUAUUCUUUAGUUCCAAUUAUAGUACCAAAUUGGAUUCAACUCAUUCAUUUUUCUCCAUCUUCGAUAAAUCUAUUGUUUUACCAACUUGUUGGGAUGGAAAAACAACAACCAACAUUGGUUCAACAAGGUUUUCAGAUGAUUCAAGAACUGUCACCUACCAACCAAAUCCAACCAAUCUCUCAACAAAUCCCUCUGACAAUUUUGUAUUUAUAAAAAGUGAUGAAUUUAUACCAGAUUCAUUACCAAUUUUCUAUUUUGAAAUCAAAAUUGAAAGUGAUAAUGCACAUUGUGUAGUUGGAUUGUUUCCAGUAGAGGAGAUAUCACAACUGAAAACCUUAAAGGAAUGGAAACAUGGAUAUGGAUACAAUGGAAAGGAUGGACAUAAAUUGUGUCAUCGGUUGGGAGCUAUUAGAUCAAGAGCCUAUGCAAACUCUUUUACUAGAAAUGAUAUUGUUGGAUGUGGAUGGAAUCGUAAAGAUGGAAAGAUCUUUUUCACAAAGAAUGGAAAGUAUUUGGGUGCUGCCUUUAAAAAUGUAAUCUAUGGAGAUUUGGUACCGGUCGUAAUGAUUGAAAGUGGUGUAUCUGUUUCUUGCAACUUUGGACACAAUGCAUCAUUCAACUAUGAUGUUGCAUCUUUGACAUCAUCCCAUUUGGAAUCUGCCAUUUCAGAAAGAAACCUCCCAUCCAUGGCAUUGUGUUAUGUAUCUGAAGUAGUUUCACUUGUCAGACUAUUGCUUCGUACUGAAUCUUGGCGUAUUGCUAUUCAACGUCAUAUUGAAGAAGGUCUUAGAUUGUUACCAUCAACCAUUGUACAAGUACCACCAACAGAUCAACAAAAAGACAGUCACGGUGGUAAAGUUGGACCAACUAUACAAUCUCUAUUGUCUGUAUUUUCAGUUAUUACAUUGUUGGCAGGUCAUCUUGAUGGAUUAUGGACAGGAUCACGUGUCUCUAUUGAAUUGGCAGCUGGUAUCUAUGAAAAGGGUACCAUUGUCGACUAUUCACAACUUUCAAAUCAAGCAACCGUCCUAUUGGAUUCAAAUAUCGAUCGUCUAUAUCGUACAACUCAUCCUCUUGGUGUCAUUAAACCAAUCUCUGAAGUCACUAUUGAUUUCUCUCAAUUCCUACCUCCUCAUUCAUCCAUUAUAAAUUUAUUAUCAAUUUUCCUUCGUCCAACUAUCAAUGAAAAGGAACAUACAAAUAAUAACGAUAGUAAUAAUAAUAAUAAUAAUAAUAAUAAUAAUAGUAAUGCUUCUCAAUUAUCAUUAUUAUUUAGAACAAAUCAAAGAAAUAUUUAUCUAUUUAUAAAAUCUAGAGCAAUGAAAGUAAUGGGAUCAUUGUUAAAGUAUUCAGAAUGUACAAGAUAUACACUGGAAGAAAUGUUGGUUCCAGUAUUGGUAGAAUUUGCACUUGGUAGACCAAUACAAUUCCUUGAUGAACCAAAAAUUGAUACAAUGGAAAGAUUUUCUUUUCUUUUAAAAGAAAGAAUUUAUUCAAAUUCUUUUAAAUCUUUUCUUUAUGGAAAUAAUCAAAACAUUCAAAACAAUCAAAAGUCAAAUAAUAAUAAUAAUAAUAGUAAUAAUAAUCAAAUUGAAUCAUCAGAAGAAUAUGGUACUAUAACAGAAGUAGAAUUUGAUGAUGAUAAUGAUAUGAUUGAUAUUGAAGAAUUUGAUGAAAUUGCAAUGUUGGAUGGUGAUGAAGAUGAUUCAUUGGAUAGUAUAAAAGAUGAAAAAAAGGAAAAGAAAUCUUCAACAACAGUGACAAGUCUAAAUCCAAAUUUAGAAGAUGAAGAUACAACAGUAGGAGAAGAUGAAGAAAAUGUUGUCGAGGAUGAAAUUGUUGAAGGUAUUCAAGGUAAAAGAAUACCAUGGUUGGAAUUACAAGUUGGAAUGUCAGUUUUGGUUGCAAAAAGAGAAAAACUUGGACUAUGUAGAAGUAAUUGGACCGUUGAAAUGGAUCGUAUUAUUGGGCAGGUUGGAAUUAUCAAAUCGAUUGAUAAAAAACAUAAACAAGUAUUGGUAACCUUUAUCGAUGAAGAAAUCUUUUCACUAGUCGAUUGGUGGUUGUGUUGUGAAAUUUUUAUCUAUCCCCCCUCGACAGAUAAAUCAUCCAAACAUCCAUUGUUAUCAAUUGAUAAAUAUUCUCAAUCUCAAUUGGUUCAUUUGGAUGCAUCUUGUGAAUUGGCUCUAUCCAUUUUAUUCUCUAGACAAGCUCUCAUCUCUUUAUUGGUUUCUAUACCAAGUAGUCAAAAGAUUAGUUAUGCUUCCUUUGGUGGUGCAAAAAAUUUAAUCUAUAUCCUAAAGUUGACUCUUCACACCUCUUUACUUGGUAAUAGUACAACCAAUGGUAAAUCUAGAUUAAAUAAUAAUCUUUCAAUGAUUUAUAGUAGUGGAAUGAAAAAUAUUAAUAAUAAUAGUACUAUGGAUCAUCUUCAAUUAUUACAACAAAAAUUAACUUUAUUAUUGAUACAAGAAAAUAAUAAUAAUGGAAAUAAUAGUAAUAAUAAUACUAGUACUUCAUCAGAAUUGGAACAAUUAUCAAAUGAACUUUUAAAUUCAUUAUCAUCUUCAACUUCAAGUAUUUCUUCUCUCAACAGUAGUCUUGAUGGUAAAGACAACAAAGAUUUAAUCAUUAAUAAUAAUAAUAAUAAUUCUUCUUCUUCUUCUUCUUCUUCUUCUUCUUCUAAUAAUAAUUCUAAAUGGAAAAGUUAUAAACCACCAACAAAACAACAACUGUCAAUUUCAACAUCUACUUUAUUAAAUAAUGAACCAUUAAAGAAUGGAUUUUUAAUGAAACAACAAAAGAUAUUAAAACUUUGGAAAAGAGUAUGGGUUGUACUGUCUGGAGAUACAUUAUUUUAUUAUAAAUCAAAUCCAAUCAAUCAAAACAGUAGUAAUAAUACAAUUGCAUCUUCAACAAUGACAUUAAUUGGAUCAAUAGAUUUAAGAGAUAUAGUAUCAGUUACACAAGUAAAUAUAAUGAAACAACCGACCAAGAUUAUAUUUACAGUUAAAAAGGAAUUUUGUUUUCAAGUUACCGUGGCAUCCAACAAGACACAUUUAUUUCAAGCAAAGAGUCAGGAAGAAUUGAAUGAAUGGUUACAAAUUAUCAAUAGUGCAUGUAUAUCUAGUGCAGCAUUUAGAUCCAAAUCCAAUACACUAUCAUCCAAUUCGUUGGUAGAAGUAUUGGUAAAAGAAAGUGCAGCACAACUACGAGAUACAGCUCACGAACCAAUUCAACAAUUGGUAGAAGAAUCUGCCCACCCCUAUCCAAUUGGAACCAAAUCUAAAAAGAUUAUUCGUAUCGAUGGUGCAUUGGCAUUGUUGGUAGUUUUUGACCCAAGAACUGCAACUGAACCUGGUAGUGGUAGACUUGGUUUUUAUUAUGAUCCAUGUUGUACAGAUUAUAUUGGAUCGUAUAGUGGUAAAUCAUUUGCCCCCACACUGGUUCAAUCUUGUCAAUUUUGGAUGGUUCAACAUAAUGAAGGUUCAAACAACUCUGAAUGGGGUUUUAAAUUUACUGUCACCCCCAUUAGACUUAGAACAAGUGACAUCUCACUCUUGCCUCGACCAAGUUUUGAAUUUGCAUGUUUUCUUUUGGAUUGGAUACUUCAAUUGGAUGGAUCAUUUUUUACAACCAAAUAUCCAAAUCUAUUUUCAUUGGAUCUUGUCGAUCUUUUAAUGACUCAUAUAGAUGGUAAUCAACCAUUUGAUCGUAAACUUAAAGUCAUUACAUUUUUAACUAGAAUCUUGGCAAAACAAAGAGAUUCAAAUCAAACCAUCAAUAUUAAUAGUAAAAUUGAAAAUCUCCGCGAGGAAAUGUUUAAAUUGGUCAAAUUGGAACAACAAUCCAAUUUAAUUUCUCAAUACCUCCAAAGAUUAAUUGAAUUGGUUAUUCAAUAUGAAUUAAAUCUUGAUCACAACAAUCAAAUAUUACAACAACAACAAACUACAUUGCUUCAAUCAAAUCAAACAAAUAAUCCAUAUAUUAAUAAUAAUCUUGUUCAACAACCAACCAAUGAUCAAGAUGAAAGUAAAUCUUGGUUUUAUCGUACACUUGCAAGUUAUCGUGUCAUUAGAAGAUUGGUUCAAGGUAAAGGAUUCUCUAGAGAAUUUAUUAAAGAAUCUUUUCGUGAUACAAGAAACAAAAUGGCCGUCGACUCUCCUCAUCCUUAUCCUCCAAAUGUUCGUGUUACUGCCAAUGUUUUAAUACCUCGUGCCUCUAGCUUAAAGAUUGAAUUUGAUCAAAAAUCAAAAACUCAAAAUUAUGUAGAUUAUUUAAUGUUUUCAAAAUCUACUCCUGGUGGUGAUGAUUUAGGUUUUUUUACUGGCGAUUUUCCAAAUCAACCAAUAAUAAUUCAAGGAGAUAGAUUUAUUUGGUCAUUUUUUUCAGAUUCAAGUGAAGGAGAAUGGGGAUUUAGAUUUUAUGUAUCACCAAUAUUUAAUGAAGAAAUUCAAAAGGAAAAUGAAAUUCAAUAUGAUCAAGAAAUUGAAUAUUUAUUAUCUCAUCCUUUUACUUGGAAUCAUUAUAUGGAUUUAGAAUUGGUUAAAUUUAUUAAUACUCUUUGUGAAAAAUUAAAAAAAACUCCUUCUCAAUUAAUAUUUGAACAAUGUUGUAUUACAGAAUAUUUAAUAUUAUAUCCAAUGUUGUAUGAAUUAAAAGACGUAUAUAUAUUGGGUUUAAGAUUUAAUAUAUUAAAACAUUUUAAUGAAUGUUGUAAAACAUUUAUACAAUAUAUUGAUCAAAGAGGAGUAUGUGAAGAUUGGUCAAUUGCCUAUCAAUUAUCAAGUCUAAGAGGAUUAUUAUUUUAUGAUGAAAAAAUGGAAUUAUUUAUGGAUUCUCUCAAACCUUCUCAAUCUCUUUGUAAAAGACCAUUCCUUUCACUUAAUCGUCAUCAAAAUAUUCAAGAUCAAAACAACAACAAUAAUUUAUCCUCUUCCUCUUCAUCUUCUGUACCCUUGUUGGAUUCAUUAUUUAUACAAACAUUUAAACAAAUUUAUUAUUUGGAACCAAGUAAAUUAAGAUUUAAUGAUAGAGCAUGGGAAGUUAAAUUGGAAAGAGAAGGAGCAAGAGAUGCAGGAGGACCAUAUAGAGAAACAAUGACACAAAUUGUAUCUGAAUUGUCAAGUUUGGAAAUGAAUUUGUUUUUGCCAUGUCAAAAUGCUCAAGGAGAUGUUGCAUUUAAUCGUGACAAGUUGGUACCAAACUCUAGUCAAACUUCCUCCCAUUCAUUGGCGCUAUACGAAUUUAUUGGUCGUUUAAUUGGUAUUGCCAUUAGAACUAGAAAUUGUAUUGAACUCUCUUUUCCUUCACUCUUUUGGAAGAGUUUAGUUUCUGCCAAAAUAGACCGUCAAGAUUUGGAAGCAAUUGACAAGUAUACAGUAAACAUUUUGGAAAUGAUCAAUCAUAACGGUAGCAGUAGAAAUUCAAUAGAUCAAGAAGCUUUUGGUGAUUUAUUCCAAUCUUUUACAGCCAAAUCUAUCGACAAUACAGUGGUAGAAUUAUUACAUGAAGGUAGAAAUAUACCUGUAACUUGGCAUAAUAGAUUUGAAUAUGCUAGAUUACUCGAGCUAUACAAGAUGAAUGAAUUUAAAUUACAAAUGGAUGCAAUUAUACGUGGUGUAUCAUUAAUUGUACCACUUCAUUUGUUGAAUAUAUUUACUUGGCAAGAAUUGGAACUUAGUGUAUGUGGAAUGCCAGGUCUAGAUAUCAAAUUACUCAAACGUCAUACUCGCUAUUGUGGUCUCUCUGCAAAUGAACCACGUGUACAAUGGUUUUGGAAAACACUCGAAUCAUUCUCUUCAGAAGAACAAACACUCUUUCUUAGAUUUGUUUGGGGUCGUUCUCGUCUACCACCUUCAAACGAAUUUAACAUUCAAUUCCAGUUGCAAGUCUUUUUAAGAGAUUCUGGUCAAUUUUAUGACGACGAAUACAAUGAAGGUGAAAGAAUGGCCAUGUCUAUGAUGCACGAAAAUCAAGAUGAAUACUUGCCAGAGGCUCAAACUUGUUUCUUUACCCUCUCCCUACCAAAUUAUAGUUCGGCCGAUGUAAUGAAGGAAAAACUAUUAUAUGCAAUCACUACUUGUCGUGAUAUUGAUGCUGAUUUUAUUGUUAUUCCAAAUGUUUAA